AUGCACAAUACAUUUAACUAGUUUACUUUGAAAUACAUUAAUUCUAAAGUAAAUAGUGUACUAGUGUUGAUACAAAUUACUUUAGCAAUUUUAUGUAGCUAACUAGCUAGCACUGCAGAAGCGUUGCGUUUUCCGGAAGUGAGUUGUCACCUCGCAUCAUUGGUGCUAGGAUUUGUAGUUCAACGUUUCUCUUGUGCGCAUGUAUUGAAAGUUGAGUGGUGUCCGCCGAGAACUACAUUGCGACUGACCGGUUGCUAAGGUGGGGAAUGUCAGAAGGGGACAGCGUUGGCGAGUCAAUCCAUGGUAAACCAUCUGUAGUUGCUGCCUUUUUCACACGGGUUGGACAGAUCUAUCAGUCCUGGCUAGACAAAUCAACACCAUACUCUGCUGUGCGAUGGGCCUCUACACUUCUUCUUACUGCUCUAUACAUGAUCAGAGUGUACAUACUACAGGGAUGGUAUAUAGUUACGUAUGCCUUGGGAAUCUACCAUCUGAACCUGUUCAUUGCUUUUUUAUCACCAAAAGUGGAUCCUUCACUGCUUGAUGAAGACGAGGGCCCGGCUCUUCCUACCAAGCAGAAUGAAGAAUUCCGUCCUUUCAUAAGAAGGUUGCCGGAGUUCAAAUUCUGGCAUUCAGCGACAAAAGGCAUUGUCAUUGCCAUGAUUUGCACAUUUUUUGAAGCCUUUAAUGUGCCAGUGUUCUGGCCCAUACUUGUAAUGUACUUCAUCAUGCUCUUCUGCAUCACCAUGAAGAGGCAGAUUAAGCAUAUGAUCAAGUAUAGGUACCUACCAUUUACGCAUGGGAAGAGGACAUACAAAGGCAAGGAAGACACAGGGAAACCUUUUGCUAGUUAAAACACCUGCUUACCUUCCUCCUUGUUUGUCCAUUCAGAGAAAGAGAGAGAGAGAGAGAGAGAGAGAAUCUUGGAUCAUUUUUGUAAGGGGACAGUUACAUGAUGAGGAUUAAAAAAAAAAAAAAAGACGAUUUUUGAUCCACGUUUGACAGUGUUGCGAGGGUAUACUAACAAUGCAGAUCAAAGAAGUCUGAAAGUGUUGCCUUUGUCCGCUAGGGUUGGUGGAGCUUUUGAGGGCUCGAAUCCUAAUUUUAGAUUUGGCCAACACGUAUUGAGUAGUUAGUGAGACUCGGUGCUGCAUUUUGCCUUUUAAAGCCCACUGGUUAUGUACAAGGUCAUCAAGAACCACAAUGAAAAACAGCUGCUACACUUUCAGAUUAUUUGAAAGCAACUCCCCCCGUUUUAGUAAUUUUUUUUUGAUUGAUAGAUCAUCAGAAACCUAUUUAAUGUGAUAAGUCAUUAAUGUCCAUUAUUACAUGAUUAGGUUAAAGAGGAAACGUAAAGGCAACAAAAAAUGUCAACACUUUCAUCCCAUUUACUAAAAUAUUGUCCUCCUGAAAUGUAUCAGUUGACUGUCCAUAGUGCUAAAUUUGCAUUUGUGGUAUUUAAUUUGAAUGCACAUUCAAAAUAGUUCAAAGUCGGACCUCUUUCACCUCUGCCUAAAAUGUUUCAAUUAAUUGAUGGAGACCUUCAAUUGACAAUUUUCAGUUCCAAAAAUUGAUUGAUUUUAUUCAAUUUCCAUUGGAUGCACAUGCAAGUGAUCCCAACACAUUUAGUCCCCCUAGCCACAGUCACUUCUAUUUGAUAUUUAGAGAGCAUUUGGCUUGAAAUGAUAAGUCCGUGAAUUUGCUUUACCUCAGAUUUCCAUGUGAUUUAUGGACAGCACACCUUGUUUUCAAAGGGGCACCCAAAUGCAGUUUGUAAUUGCCUCAAUUCUGAGGUAGCUGUAUUUCUGUUUUAAGUUCAUUUUGGGUUUGCUUGGUAACAAUUGAAACCGUUGUUUGUCGGCCCUUUUUUUAUUUUAUUUCAUUUUUCUUUGGGCGGUGUUUUUUUCCUCAGCACGGGAGUCUUUGGGAGGAGCGAAAUUCACUCUUGGACUUGUGUUUCAAAGCCUGGGUCCCAUUGAUCAGAUUAGCGUAGACUAGCUCUUAUGCUCAUUUCUAACCUGUUUGUUCUUGAGAAAAAGUGACAGUCAUUCCAAGCAAACUGUUGUUCUUUCUUUUGCAGAGGAAACAUAAGAAAACUCAGAUUGAGGGCUAUUAUUAUGUCAAAUGGAUGAACUGGGUGGCGAGCACACUUUUUUUGUGUGUCCCUGAUGAUUUUUUUUUUUUUUUUUUUUUAAAUAUAUUUUUUGUUUUCUGAAAUCCUGGAAUCUCUUGCCCUUACUAGUGAACUCUGAUCAGCACCGUUGUAAGGGAACAAAGUUUCCUGUUAAAAAUAAAAUUGAAAAAAUGUUGUUUUCAAAGGGUUGUUCAAAAGAUUUGUACAUAUAAAUAUAUCUUUAAAUAUGACAUUUGAGAUUUUUUUGUUUUUUUCCCUUCAACUAUGAUAGGAGUUUGUUAGUGUUUAAAAACAAUUUCCACUGAAAUUCUUAAAAGCAGAACUGUAUAAUUGGGCUCUUGAUUCGAUCCAUUCAAUGUUUAUGACUUGCAUGUUAUUGUUUUCUUGUAUAAUGUUCAAAACUUGGUUUUAAUAACUUAAGUGUAUUUUUUUGCCACUUCAAAUGCUAUUAAACAGGAUAUGUCCCUUGAAACAGUACA